AUGAACCCAGAUACCCAUGAAUCAGAUCUCCAGCAGCAACAGAUCCAAGAGAAGGAGGAAGAAAAUCUCAAAAACCCGAUGCUUUUAGAUGAAGAAGAGGAAGAGAAUACAAUGACCAAAAUUAGAGGGCAACGAAACUUGAAACCAAGUUUAGCUGGGAAAAAAUGGUCUGAAGAAUUUGAGUUUUUGAUACAUGACAAGGAUUUGAGCAAUGUGACUGAGAUGGGGCUUGUACUGAGUUUGGUGAAGGAAGUGGAGCAGAGGAAAGUGACCAUUGAAGGGAAACAGCUUGAAUUGUAUGGUCUGAAAGAACAGCAAUUAUCCGUCUUGUCCGUCUGUACCACAAGAGCAAAGGCUUGGCUGAAGCAUGAUUUGUAGUUUUUAAGUUUGAAGAACCUCUUAUU